AUGGCGAAAGGUGGUAUAGUCCAUUCAUGGAAGUGGUCGGGGUUGGACUUAUAUUCCGGUGAAAUUAACAUUAGGCGGUACGUGAAACAAAUAUCGAGUGUCCCGGGUAUUUUGGAAAACAUUAGUUCUGGGCCUAAUCUUUUUGUUAAAGGAAAUGUUAAAAGUGGUCACAGUGUUUUAUUCUCGUAUGAUUGGUGGGUCUCGGACGAUAUCUUACAAAGAACGUUUCCUUUAUUAUUCGCCUUGGAAAAGAAGCGAGUUUGUGUGGUGUCCGAUCGCCUUCUCCCAUCCAGACAGCAGCUGCAGUUUUGUUGGGACCGGAAACGAGUCUCAUUCUCGGUGGAAGAGCAGGAUUGGAUUUUUGAUGCGACCAAUACGUUUCCGGUUUCAACUUUUGAGUGGUGUAACUGGGUUCCCAAGAAGGUUGGGAUGGUCGCGUGGCGUGUUUUCCAUGACAGAUUUCCAACAGCAGAUGCUUUGGCACGGCGAAACAUUCCGGUAGCCACACAGGUAUGUAGUAUUUGUGAGACAAACAUUGAAUCGAUUGAUCAUUUGUUUACGGGAUGCCCGAAGUUUAUGGAUGUGUGGCAACUUGUUUUUUCAUGGUGUCGUGUUCCGAGUUUCUUUGCCUUCCAUGCUCGUGAUUUACUAUCAUACCAUUUGACGGCAAAGAACGGGGCUCGUGUUAGGAAAGCGUUUUAUGCGGUGGUGUUGACGACUUUUUGGAGCAUAUGGAGAGCGAGGAACAAUCACGUAUUCAAUCAUAAACAAGUGUGGGUUCGGAAAAUUAUGGAGGAAAUCAAGGUCAUGAGUUACUUGUGGAUUACAAACCGUUCAAGAAUGGCGGAUAUGUCUUGGGAUUCUUGGGUAGAUUUGAUGCAAUUAAAAUGGGAUAGUUUGGGGUUUUUGUAUUUCGGCCGGAUGUAUUCGGACACAUUAUCGCAGCUGUUGGAUUUGUGCUAG